AAACAUUUUUGAAAACCCUGAAAAACUGAAUUAGUUUGAAUAGUGAUUCCCACAAACACAUACACGAUGAGAGUUUGUCUGCAAGACAGCUGCUCUUCUUUUUGAUUCCCACUUUUACUUUCUCCAACACCAAUCAAUUGUUGCAGAAAGCUUUUUGUUUUUUGAGUUUAACUUUCAACUACCCAGCUGAGAUCUCUAAGAAGAAGAAAUGGUGGCAGGACCUUGGAUACUCAAGAUGGGAAACCAAGUAAGUAGCAAUCUUAAACACGUUUUUCUUGUCGAGCCUUCUUCCAAGAAAAAAAGGGGCCCCAAAAGUCAUGAAGCUAAACACUUCAUUGGGAUCCUUUCUUUCGAAGUGGCUAAUGUCAUGUCAAAGACUAUUCAUUUGCAUAAAUCUUUGACAGAUUCCGAGAUCUCGAAGCUGAAAGCUGAGAUCUUGAACUCCGAGGGGAUUAAGUACUUAGUUUCAACUGAUCAAAAUUAUCUUCUUCGGCUUGCUUUAGCUGAGAAGUUGGAUGACUUGAACCGGGUUGCUGGUGUUGUCUCCAGGUUAGGGAAGAAAUGUUGUGAACCAGCUUUACAAGGAUUUGAGCAUGUGUAUAAUGAUGUUAUGAAAGGAGUUGUUGAUGUUAAAGAAUUGGGGUUUUUGGUUAAAGAUAUGGAGAGUAUGGUGAGAAAAAUGGAGAGGUUUGUCAAUGCAACUGCCAAUUUGUAUAGUGAAUUGGAGGUUUUGAAUGAGUUGGAACAAACGUCUAAGAAAUUUCAACAGAAUCACCAUGAAGAAAGUCGCAGAGCGUUUGAGCAAAAGUUGGUUUGGCAGAAGCAGGAUGUGCGGCAUCUUAAGGAAAUUUCGCUUUGGAAUCAAACUUAUGAUAAGGUUGUUGAGUUGUUAGCUAGGACAGUGUGUACAAUUUAUGCCAGGAUUUGUGUUGUUUUUGGGGAGACUGCUUUAAGGAGUGACAUUCUUGUGUUGGGUGAGGAACAUUCUAUUGUGUUGAAGGAUGAAUACAGACAGGUUUCGGGUCACAUCCAAGUGGUUUCAGGUCCAUUGAAACGGGGUCUCAGCAGGCGUAGUAGUAAUGGGUAUCAUUCAGGGUUAAUUGAGAAAUGUGGACUGGAAAAAGGGGAGCUAAGUUUGAAGUCUCAGAUUGACUCAAGGAGAGGUGAAGUAGCAUUGUGUAGAGUGGAUGAUUUUAAUGUUCCGUGUGGGGCUAGUCCUGCAAGGCUUUUUAUGGAGUGUCUUAGAUUAGGCAGUUCAGUUUCGAAGUUUGAUGAUGAUGGAAUUGAUUGUGAGGAACGAAGUAGUCAAAUUUCAAGUCGUUGCAGUGUUGGCAAUGGCAGUUUGAAGAGAGAGCCUAUUCAUUCUGGCUCUUUUAUCCACAGUCAAAUCAGCGUUAGACAGUCUGUGUGUGGCAUGAUAAACGGUGCACCAUUCGGCCCCAAGAACAGGUUGAACGCAUAUGCUUCUCCCUCAACUGUGGGCGGUUCUGCACUUGCCCUGCAUUAUGCCAAUGUCAUAAUUGUCAUAGAGAAGCUGCUUCGAUACCCUCAUUUAAUUGGCAAGGAAGCUGGGGAUGAUUUAUAUCAUAUGUUGCCUGCUAGCUUAAGAACGUCUCUUAAGACUAAACUCAAGACUUAUAUCAAAAAUCUGGCAAUAUAUGAUGCUCCACUUGCCCAUGAUUGGAAAGAGACCCUUGAUGGGAUACUGAAGUGGCUUGCUCCACUGGCUCAUAAUAUGAUCAGGUGGCAAAGUGAACGAAAUUUCGAGCAACAGCAAAUUGUGAUGCGGACAAAUGUUCUACUGCUGCAAACACUGUAUUUUGCUGACAGGGAAAAGGUGGAGGCAGCUGUCUGUGAGCUCCUUGUUGGCUUGAAUUACAUAUGUCGCUACGAACAACAGCAAAAUGCUUUAUUAGACUGUGCAAGCAGUUUUGAUUUUGAGGACUGCAUGGAGUGGCAAUUACAAUUUAGAACUUUGUAUUUGAAUUGACUAGAUUUUUGGAUGCUUGUAUGUAAAAGAGUCACGUAGAACACUUCCUUCACUCCUGAUACUUGUAUGAAGACACAGAUGACAAUUCAACAAAAUGUGAAUAUAUGAGCUUUGCACAUACAAGAGUUUAUGUCAUUGAAGACUGGAGUUGAGUGAUCAUGUAAUUUAUCGCUAAGGUAUGAGAAGUUUCUGACUUCUUAUAUGAAAAAAGAAGUAUAAUUCUUCUCUGUAGAAUGUGCUUAUAUUUUGUGUAUAGUUUUUCUUUCUCGUGAAAAAUCUGUGUUUUAUUUUUCUACAUUUGUAUUCUGAUGUUAGGAGUUAGUCCUUGAUAGUAUAUUGGAACCACCAAUGGUUCCACUGGAAACA